GGUGUAUGGAAACGAAAAGCACAAACAGAUGUUUGUUUAAAGGGCCUUGAUAAUUCUAAAGAUAUAAAACGAGAAUUUUUAGAAGAAAACCCAAAAGAUGGUAACUACAUGAUGGUUAUGGAAUACGCAAAGCAGGGAAGUCUCAGAAAAUUGUUAGAUAGUAAAUAUGGUGAAUUAGAUUGGGUUUCUAAAGUAGCUAACUUAUUUUACAUAGCUGAAUUAGCUAAUGCACUGUAUCAAUUUUAUGAUAAUUUGAAAAAUGAAGAAACUGAAUUAUAUAAACAAAUUAAAGAAGUUAAAGACUCAUACAAAAGCUUCUCAAUAUAUGAUCAAAUUAAAUCGGCACGACUCAACUAUCAGACUGAUCCACAAGCUAUUUAUACAAGUCGACUUUUGAAGUUUCUAAAACUCCCUAAACCAGGUAAUAACAUUUAUUAA